AUGUUGCAACUACUCGUGUUUGUCACCUUCAUUGGUGCUACAUUAGCUAGCUACGGGGCGAAUCUGAACUACCGCUCUCCUUCUCUUCAUCACCCUGCUCUAGGGAUCUCGGUGCGGAAGGUCGUGAAGCGACAUGUUGAGAGACAAGCUUCGCCAGCCUCCCAGCUCAACUUCACCCACGGAGUUGCUUCUGGUGACCCAUACCCAAACAGCGUGAUUCUGUGGACACGAUGUGCUCCUAGCUCGGACGACGUCAAGAGUAAUAGCUCUACCAGCGGUGUCGUGCCGCUGUACAAUCCUGUCCCGAUCUACAACGAUACCGAUGAGGGAAAGCCGCCGUCCACCUCUCCCGUCUGCCUGACCUGGAAGAUUGCGAGUGACAAGGCGUUAUCAUCUGUGGUCGAUCAGGGAACCGUAUACACGAGCUCAGACGUCGACUACACUGUGAAAGUCGAGGCUUCAAACCUGCAGCCUUUCACCCAAUACUACUAUCAAUUCACCAUCUGCAACAGCAGCGUUUCUAGCAUGGUCGGCAGAACCAAGACUACGCCCAUGGCUGCUGACAAUGUGACUGGAGUUAACCUGGCCGUCUACUCCUGCAGCAAUUUCCCCUUCGGUUUCUUCAACGCAUACGGUAACCCUGUCCGCAAAGAUUCUGUAGACUAUGUUCUCCACCUCGGCGACUAUAUCUACGAGUAUGCCAACGGUGAGUAUGGUUGGGGUCAGACCAUUGGCCGUGUCCCCUUACCGGAUAGACAGAUAUUUACUCUCUACGAUUACCGCAAGCGUCAUGCUACCUACAAGACUGAUCUGGAUCUGAUUGCCAGUCACGCGAACUUCCCCUGGAUCGCCGUCUGGGAUGACCACGAGGUGGCCGACAAUACCUACCGUGAUGGCUCCUCGGAGCUCAACAACACCGAAGCGUCCUUUAUUGAAGAUGGAGGCGUCUCUGUGGAUCAAAGAAAGAUGAACGCUGUUCGAGCAUAUUUUGAAUGGAUGCCUAUCAGACAAGUCGAGAUGGGUGAUGAUCUUCGAAUUUGGCGGUCGUUUUCCAUUGGCAACCUCUUCGACCUCAUCAUGCUCGAUACUCGCCAGUAUGACCGCUCCAUAACCGACCUGUAUUGGAACACAGACUAUGUCCACGAAAUAUCCAACGAUGCCGGUCGCUCCAUGAUGGGAUCUCGCCAGGAAAAUUGGUUCUACCAAUCCCUUAUCAACUCAAAGAACCGUGGUGCCACGUGGCGCGUUAUUGGAUCCCAGACCGUCUUCAGUCGUGUUAACGAGUCUGUCGCGUACGGAAAUGUCAAUCCCCUCGACUAUGAUGCGUGGGACGGGUAUCUCGGGAACCGCAACCGUACCUUGCAGACGUUGUACAGCAACAACAUCACCAACAAUAUCAUGAUCUCAGGAGACAGUCACGCAAACUGGGUCUCCGACCUUGUUUGGUUGGACACUCAUCCUUAUGACCCCGCGACCGGCGCAGGGGCCAUCGGUGUUGAGUUUGGCGGCACAGCCGUUUCGUCCCCUUCACCUUAUGGCGCAAACAUCUCCAUUGCGCGCAGCGUCCAAGCCAGCCAGUGGCUCGUAGGUGCCAACCGCGAACUGCAAUGGCAAGAGAUCUACUACCGAGGUUACUACGAACUGCACAUCACACAAGAGCAGGUUAGCGCAUACUACUUUGGAAUGCCCACGGUGGUCACCCGCAACCCGAACGAGAUCUCUCUGGCCAAUUUCACCGUCGUCAACGGCGAGAACAGGCUUCAUCGCUUCAAUGGGACAGUCGUGCCCGGUCCUGUGGAGAACGGCUUUGUCAAGUUCGGACACACCAAGCAGACCAAUAUCACCAAUGCGACAGACACGGGACUGUACUUUAUCAGCCACGCGGGACUGGAAGUGCUUUGA